UCAUCGUCGGUUGUUUAUCCGUGGUACUCCAGUUAAUUCCUUUUUUGUCCCACGAGUACUGGCCAAAAGCUGGUGCUUGUUUCUGGAAAUAGGCAAUCAAAGUGCCAAAAGGUACCGAUCCAGCGCUAGAUUUACCGCGGCUGCUGUCAUUUUCAUCCUGUGGUGUAUAUCAGUUUCGCAAUAGGUAAACAAAGCAAAUAAUACAUUGUGGAAUCGGAACGUUGCUGAUCAGCAAAUUCGCCAUCUUCAUCAAGAUAAGACUUCGCCAUGACGGAUUCAUUCUUCGGCUUUGACACCUCGUUUCCGGUGGAGGAUGAUGGCGGCGGAGGAAUCGGUGGUGGUGGACCGGAUGAUUCCGAAGAGGAGUACGAUGCGCUCAAUGAGGAAACGUUCGGACAGGCGAAGGAGGGAGACUGGGAAGAGUUACAUGAAGAUUUGGUACGGCUGGAUCAACGUGAGGGUGGCGAUGGGGACUCUGGGCCGGAUUCCGAUCUGGAUAUGAAUUUUUCCAGCGUAAGAAUAGAUAAUUUGGAAAUGAACGAUGAUAACGAAUCGGAAGCGAGGCUGCAGCUGGAUCCGAGCGUGUGGACUAUGCCCAGUAAACCGGAGACUCCCAAACCUCCGGCUAUUGCCCGGCCGACCGUUCAAUCGAAAGCCGGUCCCGGAACCGCUUUUACUGGAAUUCCACCUAAUUUUCCUAUGCCUAACCCCAGCCAGCUGCGUAUAUGUUCGGUAGAGGAGAUCGAACAGAGCAUGAAGCAACAGGCUCAACUUACGCUGCCUCCUCCGAAUGGUCCACGUCAGGAGACCGGUGUGCAGCAACCGUAUCACCACAAUGUAACUCUGCCGCGUCCUCCCCCCGGUUUUGGUGUUCCGCCUAUGAUGGGUCAACCUCCAUUGACUAUUCCGGUUAAUUUUCCUCCGCCGCUAAACAUUGCUCCGCCGCCGCUUCAUCUGCUGCAAACUAAUGUUCCCCCACCAGGGAGUGGUAUGCAGCCUCCACUGUUUCCCCUGAACGUGCCUCCGCCGAAUUAUCAGGAGCAGCAGAAUAUCGCCAAUUUCAACCAACGUUUGGUGCAGGAGAUUCAGCAGAACCACCCACUGUUGAAUCAACAUCGUCAGCAUCACCAGCUGUAUCAGAAUCAACAGAAUCGCUAUCAGCACAAUAACCGGCAUAAUAAUCAUUACCAGCAUGGUUCACAACAGCAGCAUAAUAGGCACCAGAACGGCAAAGUGAAUCGUUCCGGUGAAUACGACGAGUACGCUAAUAUGAUGAGUGAACGCGAUAAACAGUGGCUGCUGGGAAUCCAAUUGUCACAGCUGAAUAAGGAUACUCCGUAUUACAGCGACUACUAUUUCUGUGUAUUCCGUGAACGGAAGGAGCGACAAAGGGGAGAAAAUGAGCGAGAAAGCAAAGCGCACAAGGAUAACACAUUCUAUCAUCCAUUGACACAGCAAAUGCUGCAGCGAAACGGUUUAAUUGGUCGUGAGCGCAGGAAUUCCGAAAAAAGCCAAGAUAUUAAGGAGGUUCCUGCAAGGAAUUAUACACCGUUACAGUUUGAAAAUUCACUCGGUAAGCUGCAGUGUGGAAGUGUUACCGCACCGCGAAAAAUUAUCGAUCAAGAUGUCGUCGCGGAAACAAGUACCAGCAGCGGUGCAGUAAUCAACCCUGAGGUUUUAUCUCAGAGAAAGUCUCGUCAGAUUCUGUUGCAUGUGGAGAGUUUGUACAAGAUUUUACUGAAGAUGGAGGAUAUGGGCAACCCGAUGGCAAUUGAGGCAAAACAGUUGCUGAAGGAAAAACGGGAGCGGGAACGCCAGCUAGCGCUUGAACGUGGGCAACAGGUUGACGAACAGAAUAAUUUAACAGCCAAUGGAAUUGACACUGAUCAAGAAGAUACUUUCGAUUCUUUGCUAGAAAAGCUUACGGCGGGUCUUACUCCGGAAGGAGUAUUGCUCGCACUUUCGGUUCGAAAGGGAAAAUUACUGUUGAAACGUAUCCAAGGCGUAUUGAAAGAUCAUCCAUUCCGCUGGACACUUUGGUGCACAAUUCUUAGCUCGCUUGCAAUGCUUCUUAAGCGAGAACGUGACGAUCCGGAAGAGCUGCUGACCCCUCUGUUUGCUCAACUGGAAAAGCACGUUAAAUACUCAACCGUUAACGAAUUGCUACCGCUAUUGGAUACGUUUCUCAAUUCAGACAAACUACUUUCGUUGAUUCCCAAAUGUAAAUUUCUCCUGACUACCAUUCUAACUUUUAUUGAUCGAAUGGAAUAUUUUUAUUCGUCGGAUGCAUCCGCCGGGCUUACCGCAGAGGUAACCGACAGGUGGAAGGUAUUUCUAAAGGAACUAUCCAAAGCCGUGUCCAGCGUCGGCGUGGGACCGCAGAAGGUCCUGCUGAAGCUGGACUCCGACUGUAAAAUUGUACAUACCCUUAGGAUUCACUUCCAGCGGCAUUCGCACCUGGACCUGGAGCUCAAACUGCUGGCUCUGGUUUCCAUCGAGGACAAAAAGUAAAGGCCUCUAGGAUUUACUGAAGGUAUGAACUUAUCUUGAUUAAUGUUUUCCUUUUUAUAUUCUGUUUAUUUUUGUGUAAAAUUGUUUAACGUUCCCUCGUUACAUACCGCAUUAUCGCAGGCAAAACAGUGUUGAGUGAAGAAAAUUGUAGACAUUUUAGAAUUUGAAAAUAGUGACUUUCAAAGUUUAGGUAGAAAAUGACAAUUUAUUAUGUACCCUAAUCAGGAUUUAUGUUUUUUACAUCUCUCUGUCUGUGAAAUCGACAGUUUGUUUAAAUUCGCGUGUAAAUUGUUAAAGACAUACUGAAAUAUUGACGCUUGUUGCUGACAAUUAUGGAUGUGAUCAAAAGUUAGAAAUUCGAUUAAACGUAUAUUUUUACACGGUAGUGUAAAUGUCAUCUAGACACUUCUAGGUUUUUUUUUAUAUUCUCCAUGCGACGUCAACAGAAACGAGUUAAUUUUAUCCCUAACUGAAAACAAACUUUAACCAUUAAGCAUA